AUGGCAGCAGGUUCGAUUGAAAAUGAAGGGCCCGAUUCAGGUGUAGGUGAUUUUGUUCUAUUAUCUGAAAUUACUAUGAAUGCGUUUAUUAAGAAUCUUAAAAUACGAUUUGAAAAAGGACGAAUCUAUACUUAUAUUGGCGAGGUACUUGUUAGUGUAAAUCCGUAUCGUGAUUUACCGAUAUAUGGACCAGAAUAUAUUAAAAGUUAUAAAGGACGUGAAAUGUUUGAACGACCUGCACAUAUAUUUGCUCUUGCCGAAGCAGCAUAUCGAACAUUAAAACAACGUUCAUUAAAUAGUUGUAUCGUCAUUUCCGGUGAAUCAGGUUCAGGUAAAACUGAAGCAUCGAAAAUAAUUCUGCGUUAUAUCGCAGCAGUAACAAACAUAUCAAAUCAAGCUGAGAUUCAACGAAUAAGUAAUAUACUUAUUCAAACGAAUGUUAUACUUGAAACAUUUGGUAAUAGUCGAACUAAUCGAAAUGAUAAUAGUAGUCGAUUUGGUAAAUAUAUGGAUUUACAUUUUGAUUAUAAAUUUGAUCCAAUUGGUGGAAAAAUUCAACAUUAUUUACUUGAAAAAUCUCGUGUUGUUAAACAACAACUCGGUGAAAGAAAUUUUCAUUCAUUUUAUCAAUUAUUAUAUGGUGAAACUAAUCUACAUGAAUACGGUUUAAAUUUAAAAGCUGAAGAUUAUAUUUUUAUAAACCAAGGAAAUUGUUGUAAAGUUAUUAAAAUCGAUGAUAAACGUGAUUAUCAACAAGUUAAACAAGCAUUUAAAAUUGUUGGUUUUACACAAGAUGAAAUAUUGACAAUAUGGAAAAUAGUUGCAGCAAUUCUUCAUCUUGGAAAUUUAAAAUUUAGUGAUGUUGAUGGUGAACAUUGUUCAAUAAUACGAUCAAAUGAUAAUAAUGAUGAAUUAAAAUGGAUAUCAAAACUAUUAUCAUGUGAAGAAUCUGAUAUAUCAUCAACAUUAACUUCACGUGUAGUUGCUACACGUAAUGAAGUUAUUCAAGCUCGACAAAAUAUUACACGAGCAUAUUAUGGACGUGAUGCGUUAAGUAAAGCUUUGUAUGAACGUUUAUUUGAAUGGUUAAUUAAAUAUAUAAAUAAAACAUUAGCAAGAGAAAAUAAUGAACAAUUAAAUUAUACAAAUCAUUCGAUACAAAGUUCACUUGUUAUUGGUGUAUUGGAUAUUUAUGGUUUUGAAAUAUUUGAAAAUAAUAGUUUUGAACAGUUAUGUAUUAAUUAUUGUAACGAAAAAUUACAACAACUAUUUAUUGAACUGGUUCUGAAGCAAGAACAAGAGGAGUACGAAAGAGAGAAUAUCACUUGGCAUCAUGUUGAUUAUUUUAAUAAUAAAAUAAUAUGUGAUCUUAUUGAACAGCCACGUACUGGGAUUUUAGCACAUCUUGAUGAAGCAUGUCAAACAGUUGGGACAAUUACAGAUGAAAUAUUUCUUGAUUCAAUAAAUAAAGCUUUUAAAAACCAUAAACAUUAUUCGAGUUGGGCGCUUGCACCUGGAGAUAAAAUAUGGAAAAAUACUACGAAUAAUAAACUAUUUCUUGUUCGUCAUUAUGCAGGUGAUGUUAUUUAUUCUGUCGAUGGGUUUUUGGAUAAAAAUCGUGAUACUUUAUUUGAUGAUUUUAAACGUUUAUUAUAUCAUAGUAAAAAUCCAAUUUUAUCUUCCAUGUGGCCUGAAGGUGAAAAAAGUAUUACAACUGUUACACGACGACCAUUAACUGCUGGAACGAUUUUUCGUAAUUCAAUGAUUAGUCUUUCAAAUCUUCUUUCAUCGAAACAACCAUUUUAUGUUCGUUGUAUCAAACCAAAUGAUGAAAAAUCACCGAAUUUAUUUGAUCAAACACGUGUUGAACAUCAAAUUGCUUAUUUAGGUUUAUUAGAAAAUGUUCGUGUUCGUCGUGCAGGUUUCUGCCAUCGAGCAUCCUAUGAUAGAUUUGUUCAACGUUAUAAAAUAAUUGAUUCUGUUCGUUCGAAAUUAUAUCCUCGUGGAUCAGCUACAAAAGAGAAUGCAGCAUAUAUAUGUCAUGAACUUAAUCUUGACAAUGAUGUUGCAUAUGGUAAUACAAAAAUCUUUAUUAAACAACCAGUUUCAUUAUUUCAAUUGGAAAAAAAACGAACUGAAGGUUUACAAUUUAUUGUAACAAUUCUUCAGAAAUAUACACGUUCAUGGCGACAAUUGCGAUUGUUUCGCCGUGAAAUAUCAGCAAUUAAAAUACAAAAUAUGUAUCGAAAAUAUCGUGCACGAAGUUAUAUUAAUAAACUUAAUGAAUUAUUUCGUAAUGUUGUAAAUAUGAAUGAUCUUGGUAAACAUAUUAAAUGGCCAGCACCUAAACCAGGUUUUAUUCCAACGAAUACCCUGUUAAAACAAAUGUAUCAACGAUGGCGAGCUUUUAAAAUUAUACAACGAAUACCAGCUGACCAACGAGCAAUAUUUGAAUUGAAAUUAUUAGCUGGUGAUUAUCUUCAACAACGACCAUCGUUUCUCGAAUCAAGUAUUCGUCAAGAAUGGAAAGGAGAUUAUCUACUUUUACCUGAAGAAAAUUCUCAUUCACUUGAAUAUCGGAAAUCAAUAAGUGAACUACGUGGUAAAGAUAAUUUCAAUCAUGUCCUGUUUUCUACACUUGCAAUAAAAUUAAAUAGUCAUAUUAAAAUGGAUGAACGUGCUAUUGUUCUAACAGAUAGAUAUCUGUAUAAACUUGAUCCAAAAAAGAAUUUUCAUAUAAAAAAAACUGGUAUUCCUAUUGAUGAUAUUAUUGGUUUAAGUGUUACAUCAGGCAGAGAACAAUUAGUUGUUAUUCAUUUAAUAUCAAAUCAUGAUCUUGUGAUUUAUAUGCAUACAAAAAAUGAUCGUGUUGGAGAAUUUGUUGGUCAUAUAGCUAAACUUAAACGAAAAUCAUCGAAUUUUACUGUUGAUGUACAACGAUAUGUUUCAGCUCAACUUGAUAAACAUAAACAUGUUAUUAAUAUAACAUCAGGUGGUACUGAAAAAAUUGAAUUUCGCAAAGGUUCAAAUAAAAAUAUUUCAUUGAUCUUACCGAAUAGUGAAUAA